AUGAAUGAAAUUGUUCGACUUCAUGGAGUGCUUGUAUCCAUCAUAUAUGAUAGAGGGUCACAAUUCACUUCACGCUUUUGGAGAUCCUUUCAAGAAUCUUUGGGUACUGGAGUAGACCUUAGUACUCCAUUCCAUCCACAGACAGAUGGACAUUUUGAGCGUACUAUACAAAUCUUAGAGGAUAUGUUGAGAGCUUUCAUUCUUGAUUUUGGAGGGUGGUUUGAAGUUGGAAAGGCUAAUGUGUUGGGACUGAACUUAGUACAAGAUAAGAUCCAGUUGAUUAGGCAGAGAUUGCUCACAGCUCAAAGCAUACAGAAGCCUUAUGCGGAUAAGAGAAGAAGAGAUCUAGUGUUCACAAUUGGGGACAAAGUUAUUCUACGAGUUUCUCCCAAGAAAGAUGUGAUGCGGUUCGGCAAAAGAGUGUUCCAUGUUUCUAUGCUGAGGAAGUAUAUCUCAGACUCCUAUCAUGUACUUGAAGCACCGACUAUACCAAUUGAUGAGAACUUAACAUAUGAAGAGGAACCUGUGGCUAUGGAGAAACAAGUAAGAAGGUUGAGGUCAAAAGAAAUUGUGUCUAUAAAGGUCUUAUGGAGGAACCAUACUACUGAAGAAGCUACUUGUAAGUUGGAAAAGGAGAUGCGAGACAAGUAUCCUCUCUUGUUUCAGUCCACAAGUAUACAUCUAUUUUAA